UAUUUGACAAUUAAACAAUGAUUUUUUCUACUUCGGGAAUACGAAUAUUGUACAAUGUGCGGAAAAACUAAUUAAAAGUUAUAAGUUUUUAAUACAAAGUGCGUAAUAAAACUGAAAAAUUGUUUAAUUAAACAAACUAAAUGUUAAAAACAAGAAACAAUUACACAAAUAAUGAGAAUAAGAGUGUAAAGAAAGUGUGUGUGUGUGCAAGAAAAAAGAAAAACAAUCAAAUGAAAACAAAAUGAGACGAAUGAAUUGCGGCUACGAUAAAAUGGAAAAAUCAUUUGUUCGCAAAUUUUUUUAUUGUUUAGUAUUUUGUGUUAUUAUUGCAUCAGCCUCGGUGUCGGCUACGAUAGCAUCAAAAUCAACGACACCAUCAACAGAUAGUGCUGAGGUUGUUGUCGACGAUGUUAUUGUUGGUGGAGUGAUUAAUACAGCUAAGGAUUGUACCGAUUUAGCCCGUGAUGAAGAAACUCUAAUGGUAUUUUCCACAUUAGGGGGCGGUUUGACUGCAAUUGAUCCGAUAACAAGUGAAAUACGUUGGACUAUAGCUGAUGAUCCCCCCGUCAUGUCAGAACAGCAGCAGAAUGUUCAUGUCCCGCAGUAUUUGCCCGAUCCACGGGAUGGCAGCAUUUAUCAAUUGGGUGAUAUGGGCAGUUUGAAAAAACUACCCUACACUAUACCACAAUUAGUGGCGAAUGCACCAUGUCGUUCGUCUGAUGGCAUCUUGUAUUCGGGCAAAAAGAGUGACACAUGGUUUAUAGUCGAUCCCAAGUCGGGUAGACGUGAAAAAGUGGGCUUUGAUGGUUCGGUAGAUGGAGGUGAUGGUGAACGUAUUGGUUGGGCCACAUCGAGAGCAAUAUAUUUAGGUAGAACACAAUACACGGUCAUGAUGUAUGACAGUUCACAAAAGAAUAAAAACGCUAAGCCGUGGAAUAUAACAUUUUAUGAUUAUAGUUCGAUGGCCACCACUCCGGAUAUUUCAAAAGAUUAUGAAUAUUUACACUUAACUACCACUUCUAACGGUAAUAUUUUGACUUUGGAUCGCAAAAAUGGCAAAUUUUUAUGGAAGAAUGAUUUAACCAGUCCAGUGGUAGCUGCUUUCCUUUUGGGUCCUGAAGGCUUGCUAAAUGUGCCAUUUACCACGGUUUCUGAUGAAGCUUUUCAAGCUAUACUAGAGGAAUCAAAAGAUGGCAAUGUAAAUACAGUUAAACUUUUCCAAUCUUUAUAUGUUGGAGAACAUAGACAUGGCUUGUAUGCCUUGCCCUCAUUAGUGGACAAAAAUACACCCCGUAUUACCACAGCGCCACCUAUCAAACUAUUAGAUGGUCCUCAUACGAAUAUUGAUCCCAAUACAAUUUAUUUAAAUGAUGUAUUUGAUAAUAGCGCUGGAAUUUUGCUCGGUCACUAUAAUGUGCCCAACGAUGUUAAUCUACAAAUUUCUCCCACACCUGCUGUUACAAAAGACGAUAGCAAUCAUCAAUUGGCCACGAUUAAUGCUGCUCUUAAUGGCCCCGGUCUUUCUAUACUCUCAACUGGCAAUGAAAAACAUUCAGCCGAUAUUGGUGUACAAACUGAACCGGUCAUUGAAUUGGAAAUUGAAUCGAAUAUAAUUAAUAAAACAUUUGGCCGCUUUGCUUUGAAUAAAACCAAAGAAAUUAUUAUUGAUAAUAGUAAACAAGUGCGCUCGUUUUUCUAUGAAUGGUUCAUAGAUCAUCCAAGCAAUCAAGUGCACGUUAUAUUGUGCAUUAUAAUUGUUGUAAUGAUUUUAAUGUUCUGGUACAUGUACAGUUCCAUGCGUGAGUUGAGAAAUCAAAGUGAGAAUGGUUCAAAAACUAAUGGCAACAGUGGAAGUCGUGGAAGUGGCAGUAGUAACAUCAGUGCUCAAGAUUUGGUCGAUUUGGGAGAUGGCCAUAUACGAGUGGGCAAAAUAUCCUUUAAUUCCAAUGAAGUGUUGGGUAAGGGUUGUGAAGGAACUUUUGUAUUCAAGGGUACUUUUGAGGAACGUUUUGUGGCGGUUAAACGCUUACUGCCAGAAUGUUUCACAUUCGCUGAUCGCGAAGUGGCUUUGUUGCGCGAGAGUGAUGCUCACGAAAAUGUGGUGCGUUAUUUUUGCACAGAACAAGAUCGCCAGUUUCGUUAUAUUGCUGUGGAGCUGUGUGCUGCCACACUACAAGAUUAUACAGAGGGUGAACGGUGCAUGGAAUUGCGAACACAAAUAUCGGUGUGGGAGGUGAUGAAACAAGCAGCUGCUGGACUGAAUCAUUUGCAUUCUUUGAAUAUAGUUCACCGAGAUAUUAAACCUCAAAAUGUAUUAUUGUCUUUGCCCGAUGUAAACGGCGCUGUACGUGUUAUGAUCUCGGAUUUUGGUCUGUGUAAAAAACUGAAUUAUGGCAAAACAAGUUUUUCAAGACGUUCAGGCGUUACGGGUACAGAUGGUUGGAUUGCGCCUGAAAUGAUGCGAGGCCAAAGAACUACAACUUCAGUAGACAUAUUUUCAUUGGGUUGUGUUUAUUAUUAUGUCCUAAGCAUGGGACAACACAUUUUCGGAGACGCUCUUAAGAGACAGGCAAAUAUAUUGGCCAAUGAUUUUAAUAUGAAUCACAUGAAAACCGAACGCAAAGAAGAAUAUAAUAAAAUUAUUUUAGCUGAACAACUUAUCAGCGAUAUGAUAAAUAAAGAUCCUCAAUGCAGACCGCCAGCUAGAUGUAUUGGCAACCAUCCUAUAUUUUGGAAUAAUCAAAAAAUCUUGGCCUUUCUACAGGAUGUUAGUGAUCGUGUUGAAAAAUUACAGUUUAAUGUAGAGCCCUUAAAGUCACUAGAGAAAAAUGGUAAUAUCGUGGUUUUGGAAGAUUGGAAUUUACAUUUGGAUCCUAUAAUAACCGAAGACUUACGCAAAUUCCGUGGUUAUAUGGGAGCAAGUGUUAGAGACCUCUUAAGAGCUUUAAGAAAUAAGAAACAUCAUUACCACGAAUUAACCAUAGAAAUGCAGUGUAUACUUGGUAGCAUUCCCCAUGAAUUUACUAACUAUUGGAUUAGUAGAUUUCCCCAUUUAAUAUCGCAUGCCUAUCAUGCCUUUAGUAUUUGCUCAAAUGAGCCUAUUUUCCAAACCUAUUACAAUUCCUCUUAUCAUUUUACUCGUCCCGAGUAUUUUGAUGCCGACGAUGAUUUAUAUCCCACUCUCUUGCAGAGAGAUCCUAAACCUUUGCUGAAACAACAACAGCAACAACAAGGCACAAGUAACAGUCCUAAGAAAACAUCACAAAAUCCUGCACAGGCACGUCAACGUAAGGGUGCCUACAAUUUUCGCAAAUCAUUGGGCGAGGAAGAUUUAGCUGCGCCUCAGGGGUUGCUGCGCAAUUUUGAUAGUGCCUUAGAGGCCGAGGAUGAUAAACACGAUGUAUUUGCUAAUUUUAAAUUUAGACGUUAUGCUAAGCCCUCUAAUCGUAAUUAUAAUAACAAUAAAAAGGAUAAAAAUGUAACAUGGACUUUAAAUCCAAACACAACAACUAAAGAUGAAUAGUUUCUAUAGUUUUCUUUCCUAAUUUAUAACAAACAAUUUAAAAAAAAAACUUAAAUUAAAUGUGCAAUUUUUUCGUUAUAAAUGUUAGAUGUGUUUAUUCCAAAAAUUUAAAUUAGCUUUUCUAUAUUUUUAGAUAAUUAAUUAUCUCUUAACGCACCAUUUUAUUUAAACUUUAAGCGUGAAUAAUUUUUGUAGCACCAUUUAAUUUCCUUUAGCAUAAAAUAUACUAUUAUUAAAAUAAAAAUUUACUAGUUGUUAAGUUAAUUUUUUAGUAAUGAAUAUUUGUUAGUGAAACUAAACAUCCUAACGAAUCAAUGUCUGUGAUAAUUAUACUACUAUUUCUUUUCUUAUAUUUCAUUAAAAAAAUAAAUAAAAAAAAAUCAUCUAAAAUGGUUGCAAGUGUUUUAGUAAUUGAAGAGAAUAAUAUAUUAUAUAUAAAAAUAAAAUAUCAAAUAUGUGAAUGAACCUUAUACCUACCUACAAGUUUAUUACUUACCAAAUUAAUUUUAUGAGUUUUAUAAACCAUUUUUGUAAAUUUCAUUUUAAAAUGAAUGUUUUUAUUAUGUAAAUAAAUAACGAAAAAAAAAAUAUAAAUAAAUAAUAAUAAUAUAAUGAUUGAUAAUAAAAUAAACAACAAACAAAAACACAACAAUAA